AUGGCUACACCAUCGGCAGAGAGCUCGAAACGGGCAAACACAGCUGUGGAUGAUGACCCGGUGAACCUGAGAAUAGGGCAGUACACUCGCCUGAAUGAGAUCGGUCGUGGCAGUUUUGCUACGGUCUACCGCGGCACCCAUAAUGAAUACAACACCUUUGUCGCAGUCAAAUCUGUGACGCUGCUUCGCUUGACUAAGAAGCUUAGAGAGAACCUGAAGCUUGAGAUUGAUAUUCUUAAGAGCCUUCAGCACCCACAUAUCGUUGCUCUGAUAGAUUGCUACGAGACGUCAUCUCACAUACAUAUCAUCAUGGAGUUCUGCAUGCUCGGCGAUCUCUCCCGCUUUAUCAAGAAACGGAACUCCAUGGCCAAGCAUGAGCUGCUGCGAGAUAUGAUGACCAAGUACCCCAACCCCCCAGGAGAUGGCCUUCACGAUGUGGUUGUCCGCCAUUUCCUAAAGCAACUCGCCAGUGCCCUCCAGUUCCUUAGGGCGAAAGAUUUGAUACACCGUGACGUCAAGCCGCAGAAUCUACUCCUCCAUCCUUCCCCCGUCAUCUACUCGAAAACCCUAAUUCAGUCUGUUUCCUAUAAGGGAAGCGAGAACUCGUUCACUCCCAUCGCUGGAGUUUCGUCAUUUCCUAUGCUAAAAAUAGCGGACUUCGGAUUUGCCCGGUCUCUGCCGUCUACAUCUCUCGCAGAUACCCUUUGCGGAUCACCAUUAUACAUGGCACCGGAGAUUUUGCGUUACGAGAAAUAUGACGCCAAAGCAGAUCUAUGGUCUGUUGGAACUGUACUCUAUGAAAUGGUUGUUGGAAAGCCCCCAUUCAGAGCCUCCAACCAUAUGGAGUUGCUACAAAAGAUCCAAAUAUCAAAGGACAGAAUUAAAUUCCCCCGGGAGACACCAGUUGCCAGCGACAUAAAGAAACUAAUCCGUGGCCUCCUAAAGUUUAAUCCUGUCGAAAGACUUACCUUCCCCCAAUUUUUUGAGAAUUCGGUUAUCGAGAAUGAUAUCCCUGGUCUGGUAGGGGAAGACCUAGAGGAACAAAUAGAGAGAAAUGCCGCCCGCGAGAGGGAGCGGCUUGAAGGUGAUGACCUGGAACCGGAAGGGCUUGAGCAGGAGGUACUGGACCGAUCAGACACCCAAGCUGAAGUGCCAACAGACAAAGCUCUAACUCUGGUUACCGAACGGCCGGAAAGUCGACCUGGUCCUCGACCAAUAGUGGAACGAAACUCACGGCCUAGCUCUGCUAUAAGCAGAGCGGACGGACGAGACAAACACGAUAUCCAACGUACCCCAGGUCGCCACCCAGAAGAUUCUCUCGUAAAGCCGUCAACUAGGAAUGAUCAUUCGGUUAGCGAGCCUGUAGUGAGGCAAAGCGAUAACCUGCGGUCUUCCAAAUCUUCCCUGACCCAGCAGAUAUCCGGACCCUCACAUACUACUUCCUCUCAAAAUGUAAAGCAGUUGGCGGAUGUAGAAAAGGAGCGUGCCGCACAAGACAUUGCUUUCGAGAGAGAUUAUGUUGUGGUGGAGAAGCGAGCAGUUGAAGUGAAUGCGUUUGCGGAUGAGCUCGCGGCCAGCCCAAGAGUACAGCAACAGCAGUCGAGCUCUCGCCAGUCUGGCGCCAUUGUUCGCCGGGCUACAACAACAGCUACUCCUCAUUCUCUUAAAACAAAACACGCAUCCCAGGCCGAUACCCAGGACAGACAAGCUAAGCAAAAAACCGAUUCAACACAUAACCGACGAUAUUCAUAUGAUAGGAGAUAUGGGCCCAAUCCCAUCUCGGCAACAUCAGCCAUCUCCAAGGCUCUCAACAUGGCUAGCGGAAGGCUUUUUGGUGUUAGCUUUUCUCCGCCAUCCACGUUGACAAAAGGCGGUCGCUCUCCUCCGCUAGGAUAUAGCCCAUUCCCGACAUAUCCUGUUGCACAAAGCAGCCUGGUAGUGGUUGACGAGAAGCCACAACAUUUAAGCCAUGAUUCAAAGACCGUACAUAUCAUUGAAGAAUGCGCCACUCGAAGUGAUGUUGUUUACGGGUUUGCCGAAGUCAAAUACAAGCAACUUAUCCCGGCUACCCCGUCAAACAAAUCGGAUUCCACCAUUAAGCCAAGCACCAUGGAGCACAGCCCCGACGAUGACGGCCUGACGCUUGAUGCAGUGCUUACACUAUCUGAAGAAGCUUUGGUGUUGUACGUGAAGGCCUUGUCCAUCCUGGCAAAGGCUAUGGAUAUUGCGGGAGCAUGGUGGGCACGAAAGAACCGGGAAGAAGCAAUUGGCAAUGGCCUUUCAUCACCGAGGACAGAUAGGGACAUUGUGAUAAGCAGUCGAAUCAACAGUGUCGUCCAAUGGGUCCGGACUCGUUUCAAUGAAGUGCUUCAGAAAGCCGAAUAUUCCCGUCGACGACUUCUGGAAGCGCAGAAACAGCUGCCACCUGAUCAUCCGUACCGCAUGUCCCACGAAGUCGGCGAAUCAGGAAGCCUCCCAAGUUUCGAUCAGUCUUCAGACCAGGUUAUCAUCAGCUCGGGUAUCACUGCAGAGAAACUCAUGUAUGACAGAGCCCUGGAAAUGAGUCGGACAGCUGCUAUCAAUGAGUUGACUGGCGAAGAUCUAUCUGGCUGCGAAAUAGCCUAUGUCACUGCGAUCAGAAUGCUUGAGGCCGUGCUAGAGAGCGAUGAUACUUCCCGAUCAACCAAGGACCGGGGAACCGCUGAUGGAGACAGCUCCGGUGAACAGCGCAUGCAAGAGAGUCGUCUUCAAGAGGAAGACUCUGAAGUUGUUGCUAAACUUGUCGAAAGCAUUCGGGCCCGCCUAAGAGCCCUUCGAAAGAACAUGGCUCUAAGAGCAAAGCGAACCUCUGCUCCGCCAGCUGUACUUUCGCCAAAGCUUCUACCCACGUACCCGCGGCCAGCGUCUCCUGCCAUGGCUCAGUCACCAUCUAAAUGA